CCGCAAUCUCAUCGGCAGCCACACAUUUUUUCCUCGAUUACAAUCCAAGUUUUGCGGACUCAUCCAAUCCUUAGAACAACCUAAGAUGCCACCUAAGAGGUCGAGAACUGGGAAUAAAGUCGUUUCAUCAUCUCGGGGGCGACGGAGACUCCGCCGGGAGAGGCAAUCAAAGCUUCCCCGUGUAACCACCCCUCCGCCGGAGGCCACGAGACCGUCCGUUUCUGAUGCCAACUCCACCCAGGACCGGACUUGGGUAGAUGGACAGAUACCCCCACAAAAUCCAAGUGGAUGGCAGGGUACUGAAAAUUUUCGCCCCAGCCCGGGGGUCGAACCAGCGACGUACGGCACCCACCGCCUAGCAAGAUUGUCAAACCAGUGUAUAUAUCUGCCAUCAUCACCAGGUAUGAUAUUUAUGUCUCUCAACUUUUAGCUGUUUCAAUAAGAAAAAAAUAUUUUUGUUUUGCUUCACAAAAGAAUGACCUGCAUCAUAACCAUAGCUAGGCAGCGAAGAAACGUAUGCUGCAACGAUAGAAAUGAACUUAAGUGACUUUGUAGGGAAUCACCAUAUAUAGUUAUGUAGUUGAUGAAGCAAUGUCGUUACACAAGUAAGGACUUUCAUAAUUGAAGUAAUUUAGUUUAUCAUCAAGUUGUGUUCUUAGUUUGUCAAUGGCAUAUAUAUUCAAACAAAUAUCCAAAUAUGAAUCAGACAUGGUAGUGUCUGGUUUCUUAUUUGGAGUUCACUGUGCUAUAUCAAAUUGAAAUUUGAAUGGAAGUAGAUAAUGUUGAUAAACGAAAUGUCGUCGAUAAAUCUGAAUGUCGAAAAUAAUUGAAAAUAGUGCUUAAGAUUAAAAAUAAGAAUGCCACUGGAGAACUGAUUUUCUCAUAUUGGAGAUUUUACAUGAAAUUUGUCAUAUAAGAAUCCAAAAUCAGGUCACCUAUUAAGUAUUUUUUUUCUUUUUUAUCACAAAGACCUAUAAUUGGAAAAUAAUUGAAAAUAGUGCUAAAAAAAAAAGAAA